AUGGCUCCUCUUCUGGUCCUGAUGCUGCUGUCUGAUGAAGAGCCCAGUGCGCAUGCCCCCGCCUCCACCUGCUCCCUUUACAGCUUUAGGAUUAUAAGUCUGCUGGAGAGAAGACAAACGACGCUCAAAGCCAAUGACGUAGCCCCUCUGUGCACGUCGCCAGAGGAGCAGCCAAUGAGGCACAGCCGCUCUCUAAAGGAACAGAUGAGAGGAAAACCGUACCAUCCACCACACAAGUUGUCAGCACCCUGGGAGAAGGAUGCUGGCUUUGGGAGGAAGCUCAAGACUUACAGGAAUCAUACCAAGAUAAUAGCACAGCCUGGGAUCGUGAUGAAAGUCCUGCGCAAGAAGAGGAUCGUCUUAUUGAUUGCCUAUUUCCUACUGCUGGUCCUCACCAUGCUCAAUUUGGCUAAUUAUAAAUGGACUAAAGAGCCUCAGCAGUGCAAUCACCAGAUGAGGAGCACCACAUAUCAAGGCAGAUCUGACAUUCGCUUCCUGUACAGGCCCUCGCUGGCUAAAAAGAGACAGCUCAUCUAUGUACUGACCACCUGGAGGUCCGGCUCGUCGUUCUUCGGUGAGCUUUUUAACCAAAACCCUGAAGUGUUCUUCUUGUACGAGCCCAUGUGGCACAUCUGGCAGAAACUGUAUCCAGGUGACGCCGUGUCGUUGCAGGGAGCAGCGAGGGACAUGCUCAGUUCCUUGUAUCGCUGUGAUCUGUCUGUCUUUCAACUUUACAACAGCCCUGGGGGGAAGAAUUUCACCUCCUUGGGACUAUUUGGAGCCACCAUCAAUAAAGUGGUGUGCUCCUAUCCUCUGUGUUCUGCGUACAGAAAGGAGGUGGUUGGGAUGGUGGAUGAUAAGGUGUGUAAAAAGUGCCCCCCUCAAAGCCUUAGACUGCUGGAAGAUGAGUGCCUAAAGUACAACACUAUAGUCAUUAAAGGAGUGCGUAUAUUGGACAUCAAUGUUUUGGCUCCGCUCAUGGAAGACCCCUCACUGGAUUUAAAAGUUAUUCACUUGGUCCGAGACCCGAGGGCGGUGGCCAAUUCCCGGAUCAAAUCUAGACACGGUUUGAUCCGGGAGAACUUACAAGUGGUGCGUAGUCGGGACCCUAAACUGCGGCGGAUACCCUUCGUGGAUCCGGGUCACAAGGCCAAUAAGAAAGAUGGCUCAGAUUACCACUCAAUAGGAGCCAUGGAAGUCAUCUGCGACCGCAUUUCGAGAACUUUACGAAGCGCUCUCAACCCGCCCAGCUGGCUCAAGGGGAAGUACAUGGUGGUGCGCUAUGAGGACUUGGUGGAAAGCCCGGUGAAAAUUUUGCGAAACAUCUACAACUUCGCCAACCUCACCGCCAACCACGACAUGGAGGUGUUUGCGUUGAACAUGACCAACGGGUCCAGUUCUUCUUCCAAACCGUUUAUAGUGUCCUCGAGGAACGCCACACUGGCCGCGAGCGCGUGGAGGACAGUUCUGAGCAUUCAGCAGAUCAAACAGGUGGAGGACUACUGCCACCAUGCCAUGUCCGUGCUGGGAUACGAAAGGGUCAGGACAGCCGGAGAGGCCAAGGACGUGACCAAAUCACUACUGACACACUCCAAACUGUGA